UUUUGACCUUUGUCUUGUUGCUGACGUGGCGGAUACUUAGAAAACAUCAACGAACAGAACUUUAAAAAGGGCGGAAAUAAAGGAAAAGAGAAAGAGAGAAAGAGGACGGUGGAGGAGCAAAUCGGAUCGAGACGGUGAAGUCGACGGAGAAGUCGCCGGAGAUUUUAUUACGGUUUCUAAUCUGUUUAUAAAAGGAGAGAGAGUGAGAAUUAAAGAAAAGUUUUCUCCGAUCUCAUCGGAUCAGCCGUUGUAUUCUUACCAAUCCGUCGUCUAGCUUGAAAUCUCUGAGCUCAAAGGUUUUGUGUUCAGAGGUGGAUGGUCCAUGGCUGAGCCGGAAACAGUAAACGGAGGAGUGAAAGAGAACAAAUUAUGGAAAGGAGUAUUCGCAGUUUCCGGCAUUAUGUCUACUCUUGUAAUCUAUGGUGUUCUUCAGGAGAAGAUAAUGAGAGUUCCUUAUGGAGUGAACAAAGAUUAUUUUAAACACUCUUUGUUUCUUGUUUUCUGCAAUCGGCUCACUACAUCAGCUGUCUCUGCUGGUGCUUUAUUGGCAAGCAAGAAAGUUUUGGAUCCUGUAGCUCCGGUUUAUAAAUAUUGCCUUAUAUCAGUGACUAACAUCUUAACCACAACAUGCCAAUACGAGGCUCUCAAGUAUGUGAGCUUCCCUGUCCAAACUCUUGCAAAAUGUGCUAAAAUGAUACCAGUAAUGGUGUGGGGAACGCUUAUUAUGCAGAAGAAGUAUAAGGGAUUUGACUAUUUAGUGGCUUUUCUGGUGACCCUUGGCUGCUCUGUCUUUAUUCUUUUUCCGGCAGGAGACGAUGUUAGUCCGUACAAUAAGGGAAGGGAAAAUACUGUUUGGGGUGUUUCCCUUAUGGCUGGUUAUCUUGGGUUUGACGGCUUUACAAGCACAUUCCAAGACAAGCUCUUUAAAGGAUAUAAUAUGGAGAUACAUAACCAAAUAUUCUACACAACACUUUGUUCUUGUGUUUUGAGUUUCACAGGACUUAUAUUGCAAGGGCAUUUACUAUCAGCUAUAGAUUUUGUUUCUCUGCAUAGGGAUUGUUUACUCGACAUCGCUCUGCUUUCUACGGUUGCAACAGCAAGCCAGUUCUUCAUUUCGUACACAAUUAGGACAUUUGGUGCUCUAACAUUUGCUGCAAUCAUGACGACCAGACAGCUUGCAAGCAUCAUGCUCUCAUGCAUUUGGUUUUCUCAUCCUCUUAGCUGGGAGCAAUGUAUCGGAUCGGUCAUCGUUUUCGGGUCUUUAUACGCGAAAAACUUACUGAACAACAAGAAAAAAUCACAAACGCAACCACCGCCUCCAGAACUUCCGCAGUACGAAAAGGCUGAGGGCCCUUAAGAAGGAAUAUUUAACACCACUGAAGGUUUUUGCUCUUGAUAUAACCCUCAGAACAAAACAGAACUAGCCGUUAGGAAACUGAAAUUAGCAUUCAUAUAGACUCUUUGUAUUUGUUUCAUCUCUUUGAAAUUUUGUUGAAUCUCGUGUAGAUUUGAUGAUCUUAGAAAAAAGAAAACUGAAUCCAAAUUUAAAUGAACCAAAAACUGAUCCACAGCCUAAAUUUAUGUAAAAGUAAAGGACUCGAGCUCA